AUACAAGCACAUUUAUUUACUAUUUAGUUUCCAACGGCGCAUAAGAGAAUUGAGUAGUUGCCCAUUGACCUGAGCUUGCGUUGUUGAUGGCGGCUACCUCUAUAUAAGCAGGCGGGCGAGUGGCUAAAGAUGCACAACAAUCAAGAGAAAAAGUAAAAUGGCUAAACUCCGAUAUGCUCGAAUUCAAGCAACUAAUGACGUUUCUCAUCUUUCCUCUGUCAGAAGCAAAGGAAGGGGGACUCCUCUUGCGACGAAUGAGAUAAGAACUCGUUGUCAAAUUAGAAGGAGAAGGAGCUCGCUUCGCAUUAUUAGCUCUGUUAAUGAAACCGCAACUGCUACUGAUCCUUUGAAGGAGGAGGCAGGCAAGGCAGUUCCGGCUGGUGUAGUUCUUGGAAGGUCCAGUUUUCCUUUGGGAUUUGCCUUUGGGACCGCAACUUCUGCAUACCAGGUAGAAGGAGCGUGGAAUGAAGGAGGCAAAGGACCAAGUAUAUGGGACACAUUUAACCACCAGCAAAAAGGUAAAAUUAAGGACGGGAGUAAUGGAGAUGUAGCCACGGACGCAUAUCACAAAUACAAAAAAGAUAUAAAGCUCAUGAAGCAGAUGGGUGUCGAUUCUUACCGUUUCUCUGUCUCCUGGUCAAGGAUAUUGCCAGAUGGGACCGUAAAAGGAGGAGUAAAUGAACAGGGAAUCAAGUAUUACAAUAAUCUCAUUGACAAGUUAAUUGAAAAUGGCAUAACACCAUUUGUGACAAUCUUCCACUGGGAUGUACCACAAGCUCUGGAAGAUAAAUAUGGGGGAUUUCGCAAUCGUAAAAUUGUGGAUGAUUUCAAGGAUUAUGCACGAGUGUGUUUCCAAGAAUUUGGAGAUAGAGUCAAGCAUUGGAUCACAUUGAAUGAGCCAUGGAGCUUUUGUACAUUGGGCUAUUCGGUUGGGAUUAAUGCACCCGGGCGUGGUAGUAAAACGUUAGGAUGUAGUGUUGGCAACUCUCUCACUGAACCUUACAUCGUCGCUCACAACAUGAUAUUGGCUCACGGAGCUGCUGCUGCACUUUAUAGACACAACUUCAAGGCUGUGCAAAGAGGGGAGAUAGGAAUUACACAAAUUACCACGUGGUUUAUACCAUAUUCAAACUCACAUGAAGACAAAGCAGCAGCACAGAGAUCUAUCGACUUUAUGCUCGGAUGGUUCAUGGAUCCAUUGGUGAAUGGAGAUUAUCCAUUCAUUAUGAGGCUUAUAGUUGGGGAUAGGCUUCCAUCUUUCACAAAGAAGGAAUCAGAGAUGAUUAAAGGAUCCUACGACUUCAUGGGGCUUAAUUAUUAUACCUCGGCUUAUGCACGUGCCCUUCCAACGCCCAACACUUUCAAGCCUUCAAACACUAUAGAAGAAUCCUAUGCUACACAAUUAAAUGAAAAAGAUGGAAAGCCAAUUGGGAAAUUGGAAGGUUCUUCGAUAUAUGUUGUUCCUAUUGGAAUAAAGGACUUGUUAGUGUAUACGAAGAAAAGAUACAAGAAUCCGAAGAUCUAUAUCACGGAAAAUGGAACUGCACAACUGGAUAAUGGAACCUUGACAAUUAAACAAGCACGUGCCGAUGAGGAUAGAAUUGACUACAUUUCUCUCCAUCUUGCUCAAAUUCGAACUGCAAUACAGGAAGAGGUUAACGUCAAAGGAUAUUUCACAUGGUCUUUAACAGAUAAUUUUGAAUGGUACGAAGGAUAUAGUGAAAGAUUUGGGCUUAUUUAUAUUGAUUAUGCUAAGGGAUUAAAGCGAUAUCCCAAGGCAUCCUUUAAAUGGUAUAGGAGGUUCCUCAUGUCGUAGAUUCCCUUGCACUCAAUGGUGCAAAUUGUGGAGUAACGCAGGAUAAAGUGAACCUCUCUGAAAUUAGUUUAUAGGUGCUGUUUGAUAAUUUAUUAGUUAUUAUCUGAUUUUUUUUAUUUAUUUUAUUUUUUAUUUUUUAUUUUUUGUUGAUUGCUACACCAAAAACUCAGCAACAUCAAUAAAGUUCUUCAAAG